AUGUCUUCAGAAGACACCGAUGUGGAUGCGCUAUCCGAAUCGGAGUCUUCUACUGCAACCGAUGUGGGUGCGAUAGAAAGUUCUCGGGACUCCCAUGAGUCGUACUCUGGAGAUGACUCAGAGUAUUCAACCGAAUAUUCUGUCUGCUACGACUCGAGCUCCAGCGAUGCGGGUCUGCCAGACUGGGAGGAUGCUUGCAAGCGGGCAAAGCGAGAGCCCUUCCUGUGCCACGAGCUGAACAAGAGGCAGCGAAGUUAUCUAUCUGGCUGGGCAAACCCUAUGUUGUGCCGUACAGGAAUGCUUGCCAGAGUGAAACGCUUUUUGAAGUAUGACUUCCCUGUGAUGUCCGACUGUUCAGGCGCGGAAGGCGGCAUUCUUGCGCUGCAGGCCUUGGGAGUCCAGGUUGAUCACAUCUCCAGCUCCGAGAUAAACUGCAUAGCUACGGAUUUCAUCGCUAGGUUUAGUGUGCUUCGGGCCGAUACUGAUCUCCUCGAGGAGGAGGCCUGGGUGGUUAAGAAGAACGUCAAGCGUGGUGUACUGAGGCUUCGGGUUCCCAUUUAUAUCCUCGAAAACGUGAUGGGAAUUAAGCGAUGCCUGGGGGCAGUACAAGCCCGGCUAGGGAGGCUGAAAGAGUAUGUUCAUGGCAUCAUGGAGAUUGACAGCAAGGCCAUCGGCGACGUCGUUAGCAGGCCGCGGCUGUAUUUUGUCGGCAUCCACAGGAGUGUCGCAGCCCCUGGCAUCUCCUCGAAUGCGAAGCUACAGAAUGCCCUGGACAGCAUCCUUGCAAAGGCUAAGAAAAACUGCCCUCCACCAACGCCCUGGUGUGGCCUGUUGCUGGAUGAUGUGGCCCAAGAGGCACCCCCCAAAAGGCGGAGGCAAACCCAGUUCGAUCUUCGCUAUGAGAAGCUCGGCCUUGCAUCUAACUUUGGUACUGCAUGUCCUCACACCUCGUCAUGUCAUUCACCCCAGCCCAGAGAAUAUCGAUGCUUCGGCUUUUAA